UUCAGAGUAAAAUAAGUAGGCUGUAAUGGUAUUAACUUGUUAGAUCUUAUUUUUUGAAUGAAUGAUCUCAUUUUGCAUAUACCCACUUCAUACAAAUAUAAUCCUCACGCAGAACUCUAGCAUCUGGUCUUGGAAGAUACUGACAUACGUAAAUCAGAACCCGGAGACAACUCGCAUAGAUUGGGUCAGUUUCAGUGAAAAUCUUAUGGCUGCUUGUUAUUCACAAGCAUUGAGAUCUGUGGGGUCAAGUCACACAUAUGGAGCAUCAUUUCUGCAUUAUCGUUCAAAUGCAUCCUUACUAAUCUAACAGAAAGGAAUGAGAGCUGCAAUCUACUAUUACAUAAAGCGAAGAAAAUGGAAAUUUAUAUAUGUUAUUAUUGGAAUACUGUUUGUCAUGUUUACAUUCCAUAUGCUGCUGAAAAAUAGCGUUGACCCUUUGUCUGAAUAUUCGAAACACAGUAGAGAGAGCCAGAAGACUUGUACAACUCUUUUUGUUGUGGUGCAUUUCCGAAUUCCUACCAGAUAUCUUCAUACAUCUCCACUUCAUGUAAUCCAACAAAUUAAAGAAAAGCUGGAAUCAUAUACUAACACUUCCAAGGGUCAUAUGUUUGUUGAUAACAAAAUUGCUGACAAUGGACUACCUGAAUCAAUGCAAGAGUGUGCAUAUUAUAUUCGAGGUGCUAAUGGCAGUAGGGGAAAAUGUGGUUAUGUUUGGGGUUUUGACUCGGAGAACCAUGAAAUAAGGUAUGACACUUGCAAGCAAAAAAAUCUCAAAACUUCAUGGAAAUAUUGCAAGUUAUCACUGGAUAAGAUUACUGAAAUGACCACUGAGAGUGCUGGUCCGUAUAAUAAAUUCUGCUCUCCUAAUUUGGCUGCAAGCUGGCCACUGCAAGAUAUCCAUAAAUGUGCUUUGACAGAUGAGAGCCGUAAUCUUCACACUUGGGUUGAGUAUGCCAGAAGUCUAGAUGAAAAUCUCAUGAACAAUGAAAUUUCAAAAUAUAUUGGGUUUCCGAUCAGGUCAUGGCAAGUAUUGGGUCUUGUUAUUGAGUAUGACAUGUAUUUGUUGGGGACAGGAUUUGAGGUGUUGAGAACAAUUCCUGUAUAUGAGCCUGAAGAAGCAAACAUUAUUGAGGCUACAUCACUGCAUAAGAAAAAAGAUUCAGGAUAUUCCAAAAUAGGCACAAAAUUUUUUUCUACAGAAUAUAUUUCCAAGAAUACUGCAACUUUUCCAACAUUGCUCAACUCAGCAUCUGUUCCAGAGUCAGCAGCCAUGGAUCAAAUGCAAUCGACAACCAAGUCUGAAACGACCAUGGUCUCCUCCAUGCAAUCAGAGUCCUUGCUCAAAUAUGCUACUGCAAACGCCCCAUAUACAACUUUGUCCUCGAUUAUCAAACCUUCGAACCUUGCAACACCAACUUCGCAGUCAUCUAAAUACAGUUCUACAAUUUUGUCAUCAAUCACCAGUCCAAUAUCUUUUGCUACUACUAUUUUCGAUUCACAACAUGAUCAUUACAUGAUUACCACAGAGCAUCCAACCCCAAGUAUGAGUGACGAAAAAAGAUAUUAUGAAACAUUGAGAAAGAUAUACCCAGAAAUGUUUUCAACUUCAACUCCUGCCAAAAAACUCAAUAGGCCUACAAAAGAAGCAACCAAAGCAGUCACUUUGGAUGACAACUCGAUUUAUUUUCCUCUAUAUGGCAAUUCGGUCUCAUCAGGUGAAGCAGAUUUGGAGGGAUCCGGAGGUGUUCCGUUUUCAUUGGAACACACUAGUGAACCAACUACAACUUUAUCAGCUGAAUUGGUGAAGGAUUUGCAAGCUCUCAAGGAGUUAGUAUUCAAAAUUUAUGGUGUUGUCUUAAAAGAUUUACCAAUUUCGUUUGGUAAACUGAUGACUGAAAUUCACAAUGCUAAUUAUGCGCAGGAAGAUUCGAAAAAAGUGAUUGGACAAAUUGAGCAUGAAGAUGUUAAAAGAUCAACAAUAACACCUGUAACUAAUAGUGUAUCAGAAAUUGAUACAAAGAUCAUUGCGAUUGCCAAUGAUGAUACAUUUGAUGGUGUUAUUGAUACACAUUUCUCAGUUACCACUUCAUUCAAUGAUGUAACAGCUUCUUUUAGAAGUGUUUCAAGUGCCACCACUUCAAAUUCAUUAAACAGUGAUGCUCUUACUUUGAGAACCCAACAACCACUUUCGGUCAUGGAUACCAGUGAAACCACAAAUUUUGUUCAAUCAAAUAAUGAUAAUAAACAAAGCAUAGACCAAUAUGAAGACAUAGAACAAAAUUACCAUGACAUGUUAUCAACAUACAAAUUUGUACACACAGUUCAGCAAUCUACAUCCACUAUCUCUGUACGAUCAACAACAUCUUUAGAUGUUGAAGAUACUUCAGACACAGAAUUCCAGAAUACAGGCACUACCAGCUUUUCAGGAAAUUAUUCUAGCAAGAUUUCAACAGAGCAUAACCAUGUUUUGGGAAACCCCACAGUGAUUCUCAGGCCACUAGUGACAAGGAAUUCAGGUAUUAAUAACCCAAUAUCAGAGCCUACCACUAUAAAAUUCCAGAAUGAUUUGUCAAUUGGUGAGCAGGUUGGCUCUGGAUUUUUGACAAAUACUCCUUCGUCACAAUAUGACCACACUAGUUCCAAUUCAACCACUCUGCCAAAUCCUACAGAGUUUUCCAACAUAUCCAACGGGAAUAAUCAAGAGAGUUUGCUGGAGAUUAGUACAAAAUGGAAUGAGAAAAUGGCAGUGAAUCUGUCAAGCAACCAUGUAACAACUUUGGUACCACUAUCGGUUGCAGUUGAUGUCAAUGAAGAUGAAAGCGGUUCAACCAAAUUCUCCAGUGCGAGUCAAAAUAGGUCAAUUUCCAAUGAUUCUAUCAUUUUACCACAAACUACCCAGGACCUAUUGUCUCGCACAUCUAUCAGCACAACAAAACCGAAUACUACAUCUUGGACUGAUCAAGUCAUGCAUACUGAUCCGAAAGGUACAACUCCAUUAUAUUUAAUUGAUGUCACAGUGGCACCAGAAGUCGUUGUUCAGCAGUCACAUAACAUUGAAAAGAUUAACGCUAGCAAAUUGAUUGAACAAUAUGACUAUACACAGCAGCUUAAUGAUACAGGUGGCAGUAGUUAUGAACCUGCUCUUAGACAAGACAAUCAUUCUUCUGCUGAGAUUGUUGAGGAUAUUACAUCAACAAAUAAAAAAAUUCCAUUGGUUUCGAUCUCAAAGCCAUUAUUUACCAAUUUUACUACGGGAAAUGAGGACGCUGCUUCUGGUCUCGAGCAAGACACCACAAGCUUUACACAGAGUACAAAUUUAAGUAUGUUAACCACAGUGACAAUAGCUGAUGAUAUCACUCAAUUUAACAAUUCUGAUACCACAUAUGCUUGGCCAAGUAGUAGUAGUGCCAUUUCACCCUUCUCGAUUCAAUCUGACAACACUAUUGUCCAGUAUUUUGAUAAUGAAAUCACUGAGGAAGAGUCUACUGACUCUAGGUUGCAUUAUGACCUCAUGUCAUCAAGGCCAAUACUAAACUAUAUACGCGGAACUGUUGCAACAGAAACUACAUUGGAUUCAAAAUUAAACAAAUUACCAACUGCUACUGCUAGUGUGGAGAAGAUGGCAAUAACAGAUACUACCAGCAAUGAUUUCAUAAACAUGGAUGAAAGUAUAAAUGUUAUGUCAACUGCUACGGACACUUCAUUAACGUUAGAUAUUCCCAAGUAUUCUAAGGCAUAUGUCACCUCAGUGUCUUCUGUAUUUACUCCGGUUCCAAAUGGUGUGCCAAAAAAGCAUGAAUCAUCUGAAAAUCCGGAUACAGAAACAUAUGUCUCAAUCACUGAGAAAGAGUCUACUGACUCUAGGUUGCAUGAUGACCUCAUGUCAUCAAGGCCAACACUAAACUAUAUACACGAAACUGUUGCAACAAAAACUACAUUGGAUUCAAAAUUAAACAAAUUAUCAACUGCUACUACAAGUGUGGAGAAGAUGGUAAGAACAGGUACUACCAUCAAUGAUUUCAUAAACAAGGAUGGAGGUAUAAAUGUUCUGUCAAUAGCUACGGACACUUCAUCAACAUUAGAUAUUCCCAAGUAUUCUGAAGUAUACAUCACUUCAGUGUCUUCUGUAUUUACUCCAGUUCCAAAUGGUGCACCAAAGAAGCAUGAAUCAUCUGAAAAUUUAGAUCCAGAAACAUAUGUCUCAUCUGCUAUUUCUGGAAAGUGGUUUGAAUAUAAGUUACCAGUGUUAUGGUCAGAAGUAUUGAAGCAUAAUAAUGAUUUGCAAAUCAUUGUCAAUCUUACUAUGAUUGAAAAAGUUCAUUCAUCAGAUCCUGGAUUAAUAUCAGAGGCAUGGCUUGUUUCUUCAUGCCCAACAUUUGGAACCGUAUGUGGAUUGCCAGUUGCGAGAAAUCGAACUAAGAUAAAUCAGAUAUCUACUUUUAUAUUGACUUUUGAUGAUAAGAUUAUUACUCUUGCACCAAUCAUGCUUCAUGUUUCAGUGUAUCCCAUGAGUUCUAUAACGCAGACAAAUUAUGAAAUUAACACACACAUGGAUGUGAAGAACAAUAUAAAUGAUGUGAUACAAAUUUACAGCCCUAUACUAUUUGCACAAAAAUUGGUAUCCUACCUUCAAAAAAGGGAUCAUUCAACAGUUCUUUUAGAUAUAAACCUUCUGGAGUAUGAAGUAUCACCACAACCGAGAAAGAAGCGAAGCAUCAGCCAUUCUAUUGAAGCGGUGUGGAGUAUGUACAAUACAAGUUUGGAUAAAUUCAAUUCCACCUUCCAAUCCUCAAUAUUUGACUGGAGUAGGGGACAGGUAGCUCAGGAAUUCUUUUCUGAAAUGCUCCCAGAGUUCAUCGUCACUCAUUUGAGCAUAACUCCACGAAACCCAACUCCAGACAGACUGAAAUCUGUUAAAAGAAGGAAACAAAGCAGUGUGGCAUAUGUUUUACUGCCCAUCUUCAUCUCAGUUUUUAUCUUGUUUUCUUGUGUGGCAUAUUUUGCAUUGCGUAAAAAACGUCUAAUGUACUUCAUUCCUGAUAUAUUUGUAAACAAGACAUUUGGUCCUAGCAGAAAACCUAUCUAUCUUGAUGGUGAAAUAGAAAUGGAUUACUUCCAUCCCAGAAAAGCAAGAAUAAUAGUGGAAGACUGUGUAUCUGAAAAAGGUGGUAUCAGUUGUCAAUCGUCUGUUUCAUUUCCGAAAUUUCCAACGAGCAACCAAAGAUAUUUGGCCAGCCCCAUGCCAAAUAUGAAUAACACUAAUGCCUUUGAUGAGGUUGCUGUUUUCGAAAUGUCAGACGAAAGCAUCUGCAAUGGCUCAGGUUGCGAUGCAAAAAGUGUGGAUGGAUUCUACUCCUUUACAAAUGCUUCAUUUCAUAUACACAAUAAAUAAUGCUAAAACCAGAACACACUUACUCAGACUGAGCGAUCAUUUGAUGGGCAUACUCUGUAUCAGGAUGCUGGUUUUUACAGU